AUGUUCAACAUGAAUACUAACGUCGGAUGCUGCGGCCGCAGUGGGAAGUUGGACGUGGACUCGCGUGAGUGGGAACCGCGACCCAUCGAGAAUGUUUUCUUUCAACGGUGCGCACCGGAGGGAAAGUACACAGUAGUCGUCGAAACUUUUAAACACUUAUACGGAGGCUUCCCGAAACAAGGCACUUACUCAUGGAAUUCGGACAAGGAUAGACGCAAAAUAAAUGAGCUGUACAGGUACACCUUUCGUCGGGAUAAAACAAAAAUACGCAGUGAUCAGAUUAAGGCGACAGGAAAUCCAUCUUCCCCAGCAUCUUGAUUCCGUUUUUAAAGGGAAAACACGGACCGAGAUGAAUCCGAAGAUGCGGGCUUUUCUUAGUCCUAAUAAGAGAGUGGACGUCAAAUUUCGACUGGUGAUCAAGCAUAGGGAUGGCACCAAACUGAAACUGGAUGGAUUGCCCCACAGCGGUCCAUUCGUGAUUGAGCGCACGAUAGAAGGCCCACCAGAGCAGGAUCAGAAUGACGUACGCGAGAAGCCGAAGCCGACAUUUGUUAUGGAGUUUCAUUAUUCCGGCAACAGCUCUGUGCCAGGCAUCGACAUCGCGCAGCAAGUACAACUACAACCCCAAACUACAGAUGACCUAUGGACGAAGGCGCUAGUGAGUCCGGUUCUCAGAAGUCCACGUAAAAUGUAAGACACUAUCGAAAUCGUUCUUUCGUUGGACCCAGCUGUUGAUGAGCUCGCCGACAUUGGUUAGUCUACGACAUCGGAGCCGGAAUGCGGGCCACAAUAUUGGUAUUCUAGAAAUUAUCGACGCCCCACGAAAGAGGUUUUAGAUACAUCAUCUGUGGCCUAUUAUCACACAGCCACAUGGAGCAAAGACAAGCGCGGGCUGGAGCGCGAUCUUUUUCGCCUGCAUGGUUGCCUGACCCGAGGUACAAAAACCAGCCAGAGAACAACUACAGAGUUUUCAUCGUGCCUUACUCUUCAGACUCCAGAGUCUCUGUCAGCAAUGUUCCAUACAAAGUAAUCGUCAAGCAGAAAGGCACGUCGAAAAUCAUAUGGGAAGGCUUGGCAUCUGCGAGUCGACCUCCCUUCGAUCCGACAUACGAACAGCUUGGUCCAAUAGUUAGGGCAACAGCAGAUCCAAUACAAAACAGAUUUUUUCUACAGCAUUUUUGUGGGAUCCUUUGUGCUCCUUUCAACAGAUGAUCAUAAACUUUAUGAGAUAGUAGAGGCUCUGGCUUUUCCACCAUGAUCAAGUCUCACUUCAUCUUCAGAAUAUGUAGUGGCGGCUACAGUGUAAGCACAUGAUUGAAAAAGCCACGGACUAUGCUCUUGCUAUCUAGAUUACCACCAACUCUUGAAAGUUGCGAUGAUGAACAGGAAGCUGAACAUACUAAAAGUGACUAAAAAAAAUUCAGUCAUUCUCAUGAACAUGAUAUCCAUUUGUAAGUUCCACUCUCGCUCUCCC